ACCUGACUGAGUCAACUGAAGACAACAAAACAUCUCCACCGCCACACAGGGUCACAAACAGCCAAGCUACUAAUCACAGUCUGGGAGCUACCAGCGGAAAGGCCGGUCUCCUGCCAGGGCCAGGGAGAAGCCAGCGGAGCCGGUGAGAAGCCCGGCCCCGCGGAAGACAAUGCAGCUCUCAUCUACCACAGCUGCCCAAACUCUAGCUCCGAUGCUCGCCCACGCUCCGUGCUGAGCAGAAACCCGGAGGCCUCUGCUUCUGCCCGCGAGGGCUGCCUGAUUCUCGCUGUUCACUGCUCCAGCAGGGCCCGAUGGUCCCCAGCUGCCCUUGACCGGGUUUCUGAGGUACCAGGCUGGUCUGCGGGCUCCCCAGGGUCCCAUGGAGACUUGGCGCAAAGGCUCCUUCCGCAGCCCCUCCUUCUUCAAGCGGCUGAGCCUGGGGCGGCCGCGGAGACUCCGGCGACAGGGCAGCGUGCUCAGCCAGGCCAGCACGGCUGGGGGGGACCAUGAGGAAUACAGCAACCGAGAGGUCAUCCGGGAGCUGCGAGGGAGACCGGAUGGCCGGCGCCUGCCACUGUGGGGGGACGAGCAGCCCCGGGCCACCCUGCUGGCCCCGCCCAAACCCCCGCGUCUCUACCGGGAAAGCUUCAGCUGCCCCAACAUCCUAGAGGCCCCCUCCGCAGAGUACACUGCCGCCUACUCUGCCACCCUGCCCUCCGCGCUCUCCGUGACAGACAACCUCCACCGAUCCUCCGAGGAGGACCUUACGGACACGCCCCCCUUCCAGAGGACACCUGCUCCGGACCUCAGCGAUCCCUUCUUCUCCUUCAAAGUGGACCUGGGGAUUUCACUUCUUGAGGAGGUUCUGCAGAUGCUGAGAGAGCAAUUUCCCAGUGAGCUCAGCUUCUGAAUGGGGGGAGGGUGGGCAGAGGUGGGGUGACUGAAAGAGGUGGGAGCCUGGGGACCCAGAGAAGGAGGGGACAGUCGGGGAUUAAGAUAGGGAUAGAAAUCCAGGUCCCUGACUGCCCCUACCCCCUGGGGUCCUGAACAGUUCUCUGAGUCACCCCAGGGUGGAGGGACAGAGGUAUAGAGGCAAGCCAGAAAUGUGAGGGGGGCACCUGCUGGCAGGAGCCCUGAAGACAGCUAGCUAGGCUGGGAAGGGAGGCCAUGCCUGCAGCCACAGGGACAGGCAGAGGCCUGGGUGGAAGCAGAGGGACGGUGGCAUAAGGGGCAAGUCUGGGAGUGGAGGACAAAGACUGGGCUCAAAGAUGGAUGCGCUGUGCCAGCUCCUACAUGUGGCUGUUUAAAGUCACACUAAUUAAAACUAAAUACAAUAAAAAAAAAGUCAUCCCAGUCACACUAGCCACAUUUCAAGUGCUCAGCAGCCACAUAUGACUAAGGGUUACCACGCUGAACGGCAAACGGUGAACGUUAAGGUCACUGGAGAAAGUUCUAUUGGGCCACACAGGCCUAGACCAUAGCCUGGUGGGGGAAGGGAAGCAUAUAGGACCUGCCAGGAGAGGGAGGGGCUUGUGGGGUGGCAAGACCAAGGCUGGUGGAGAUACAAAGAGUGACUCAGGAAAAAGUCCAAAAUCACUAGCAGGAAAGUGGGUGUGAGAGACUCAAAAUGCCAACACAGCUGCCCGGAGCACUGCCUGGAGCCCAAGGAAGGAACUCGAGGGCACGUCAGGCACAGACAGCUUCAGAAGAGAGGCUGUGGGGAAUUCUCGGAAAGAUUUGUGAUGGGAGCCCUGGGGAAAUGCAACGAAAUACAGUGCAGUUUUCCCUCCUUCCUGCACCCAUGAGAAUAUGGGAGGUCUGAUCAGGGGACGGACACAAAGCUCAAGGCUGUUACACUGAAGAGGCACAGCUGGUCUCCAGAAUCGCCACCACGACCAAGGAGCUUUGCUCAAAGCCUCUGAUGAUGGGGGUUGCGGCAGUGCCCUGACGCAUGGCCAGAAGACCUGGAGGCGGAGCCUGGCUGGCGGCAUGUGGUUCUGGCACACACUGCCUCCACGACGAGAGCCUUAUGGCCUCCCCAUUUCUACUCUGUGUGCAUGUGCCGAGCAGAAAGCUCCCCUGGGGGUGCAGAUGAUAAAUAAAGUUCUUUAUCACACA